AUGAUGCUGCGAGGUCUGACUCGUCUACCGCCGCGACUCUUGGCCAAACGUUUGUAUUCUCAAUCGACCGAUGAGUUCAGACUUCACGAGUACUCGGAGAAAUAUUUGGGCCAUCGAAGGGUAGGUUUCUUUGUAAUAUUCGUAUCUCCGCAAUCCGGUUACAAUCCCUAAUUUAGUGAAUUUAAGUGUAAAUCAAUGAGCUUUAGGCCGCAUUUACCGAAACAUUAGAGUUCAUCGAUUCCACCAAGUCUGACGCCGUUCCGAUCUACCGAAUCACCGAUACAAACGGCGAGUUCAUCGAUGGAACCCAGGAUCCCGGAUUCUCGGAACAAGAAGCCACCAAGAUGUAUAGGGACAUGGUGACUCUAAACACAAUGGACAAGAUCUUAUACGAUUCCCAGAGACAAGGUCGAAUCUCAUUUUACAUGACCAACUUUGGCGAGGAGGUACGAACUUUUUUACAAUCUUUUGGUUGACGAAAAUCUGAUUGAUACGGUAGUUUAGGCCUCUCACAUCGGAUCAGCGGCCGCCCUUAGGCCGGACGAUCUCGUUUAUGGCCAAUACCGAGAGGUCGGCGUCCUGUUAUAUCGAGGAUUCAAACUCGAGCAGUUCAUGAAUCAAUGCUACGGAAAUGAUCUUGAUAUUGGUAAGCAAUAAAAAAUUGGCUGACCUAUUAUAAUUAAUGGUAUUUUCAGGAAAAGGCCGUCAGAUGCCUGUCCAUUAUGGCUCAAAGGACUUGAAUUUCGUUACAAUCAGUUCCCCAUUGACGACGCAAUUACCUCAAGCGGUGGGAUCAGCGUACGCCUUCAAAAGAGAUGGCUCCGGAAGGAUUGUAACCUGUUACUUUGGGGAUGGCGCUGCCUCGGAGGGCGAUGCACACGCGGCUUUCAACUUUGCAGCUACUUUGGUAAGCUUUUUCAUUAUUCCUUUGACGAAAGGUUGGGGUGAUAAAUUGUUUUACAGAAAUGCCCAAUCAUCUUCUUUUGCCGAAACAAUGGAUAUGCCAUCUCAACACCGACUUCGGAGCAAUAUGCGGGCGAUGGAAUUGCGGGGAAAGGCCCAGGAUACGGCCUUCUUACCAUUAGGUAUGACGUAGUAGGAUCAAAAGUUAUGUAAAAAAAAUUCGAUUUGCAGGGUUGACGGUAACGAUCCCUUCGCCGUUUACAAUGCCACGAAAAAGGCCCGCGAAGCCGCCGCCAAGAACGAGCCAGUCCUAAUUGAAGCCAUGACCUACAGAAUUGGUCAUCAUUCAACUUCAGACGACUCCACAGCUUACAGAAGUGCCGAGGAAGUGCAGCAAUGGACGGAAAAGGACUUCCCAAUAGUCAGAUUCAGGAAAUACCUAGAGAAAAAGGGAUGGUGGAGUGAAGAAAAAGACCAGGACUAUCUAAAACAAGUAAGUUAAUGAAUAAACCUCACUCUAUAAAACUUUCAACUGCUGUGAGUUAUGUUCUUUCAGGUGAGGAAAGAUGUCCUGAAGGCGUUUAGUGCCGCUGAGAAGGUGAAGAAACCCUCCAUUGACCUGAUGUUCACCGAUGUCUAUAAGGAAGUCCCUGCGCAUCUCAAGCGUCAACAAACAGAACUCAAAGAGCAUCUAGCCCAAUACGGGGAACACUAUCCGUUAAAUACUUUCAAGUCCAAUUAA